UUGUUUUCGGCUGUAGAGCUGCUAGACAGCUCUCACGUAACCAGCGUUUAAGAAUAAAAUAAUCGUAACUUAAUCAUUUUAAUAUAUUCGCAAUGGAUUUAUCUGACGAUUCUUCACGAGGUUCAUCUUCGAAAUCUAGUCGAAGUAAAUCUCAAAGUGGGAGUGAAAAAAGUGCCAAGUCUAAAAGUAAAUCUUGUGUAGUAACCAGAGAGCAGAUAGAGCAGUUUUGUGCUGUCACAGGUAGCACAGAAGAUGUUGCACGAACCUUGAUUGAAGCAUGCAGGGGAAAUCUGGAGAGAGCUGUUGACAUGCAUAUGGAAGGACUUUCAGAAAAUCCUCAACCAUCAGGCGCUCAAGAAGAAGAAUAUGUCCGAGCUCCAAUACCUCAAAAGCAGGAAGUCUUGGUAGAAUCUGGAUAUGAAGGCUAUGGAUUUGGCUUCAAGGGGAAAAAGCGAAUAGUCAAAUCAGUGUUUGAUUCCUUCAGAAAUUUUGAAGUGGAAACAAAACUGCAAGAGUCCAGAUUAAGAGAAACCAAUGGCUUAGCAACACCAGUUGCCGGGGCUAGUAUGGCUGGAAAAAGGACCUUAGAAGAGCUAUUUCGCCCACCUAUAGAUAUGAUGUUCAAUGGAAACCUUCUCAAUGCAAGAGAUACAGGAAAGACAGUGAAAAAGUGGAUUAUGGUUAACAUUCAAAAUAUAUCUGAAUUCAGAUGCCAACUAUUAAAUCGCGAUGUUUGGUCUCAGAAGUCAAUCAAAAACCUUGUUCGAGAGAAUUUCUUAUUCCUCCAGUUGUAUAUGGACAGCGAAGAGGGUCAGCGAUAUAUGAAUUUCUACAAGGUUAACCAAUGGCCAUAUGUUGCCGUUUUGGAUCCCAGAACUGGAGAGUUGAUGGUCGAAUGGAAUUAUUCCGAAACUAGUGCCUAUGAGACGCUGAUUGCUGAAUUUUUGGCAACUACUUCAUGGGGAGAUGAGGAAAAAAGUGCCUGCGCUCCAUCAGAUCCCAAGAAGAGACGAGUGGAAACUAUUCUGGAUGCAAGCGAAGAUGAUCAGUUACAAGCAGCCAUCCGAGCUUCGUUAGCUGCGUCAACAGCCCAAAAUCAAAAGGCACCUGUAUCGGACGACGAGUUUCAAAGCGAUGAAGACGAGGACCAACCCACCGAGUGGUUUGACUCUGAAUCCGACAGUCGAGCUAGCGAACCACGGAAAACAGAACCCGAGCCACCACAACCGGUGGGAAAUCGUCUCGAGGCCUCCGGAACAGCAGAUGACGACUGGGAAAGGCAUUUGGGUCCCGAAGCUGAUCCAAUCUCAUCAAUUGUUUUUCGCUUUCCAGACGGUUCCAAGGAACAAAAAGCACUUCCCUGCACUUCUACUUUGAUGGCCGUAGUCAAGUAUGCAGCCCGCAAAGGAUUUCCGCGUGAUAAAUUUGAACUGAUGGCCAACUUCCCGAAGCGACUGCUCUUGACAAUGGACAGUGAAAUGACACUUAAAGAUGCUGGUCUUUUCCCGCACGACACCAUAUUUGUUCAGGCUAGAUAAUAGCUAGACAAAAUAUGUUUGUCUGUGAAAAAGACAGAAGAAACAAGACAGUGCACCAAACUACAAAAUUACAUUCGUGCGCCUCAAGCUCAAUUGUCUCAUCAUUUUUUUUUGUCUCACCCAGAGCUGUUCCUGUUUCUCCCUUUUUCCUUCCUUUUUAACUUAAUUUUAUCAAUGCUCGUCUACCUCGUGUACCCAGGUUGUGUUCGUCACAGGGUCAAGAUGGAAGAACACAAAUUUAAAUCUCAAACCUUAUGAAAAAAGCGGUUUGUAUUACCAUCAACGUGCGCCCGGAAUCGUUCAAAUAAAUACACUGCAUUUUUUUCCCUA